AACUCUCACAACUUCCUCUGAUCACAUUAAUAGCAAACCAAAAAGGCCAUAGACAUUCAUUGAUCGCGAGACACCAUUUAAGCCUAUACAUCAUCUCUUUCUAGUGUUUGAGACCAAGAGAGCAAGAAAAAUGAAGAUACCAACACUCUUCAGGGGCAAAGAAACAGAGCAUGCAUGGCAAAAAUGGCCUUCAUGCAAGCACCCAAAGACUCUUUCUUUCAGGGCUGGAGAUGAUGUUAUCAAGACUGUAAACUCAGUCUUCUUUGAUCCUUCUGAAGGGGUUGAAACACCAGAGUCAUGGUUCACUGACUCGUCAGAAACUACGAGCUUCUCAACUGAGUCGGAGGACUAUGACGGGGAGUCAUUGGAGGUUGUUGUGCGUGGGGUGAGAUCAGAAAGGUUGUUUUUUGAGCCUGGUGACACAAACUCAAUACUAGAAGAGGCAAAAACAGGAGGGUUUCCAUUCAAAGAAAGUGUAGAGCUAGCAAUGGAGUCUGAAAACCCAUAUGUUGAUUUUAGAAGGUCAAUGGAGGAGAUGGUGGAGUCUCAUGGACUUAAAGAUUGGGAUUGUUUAGAGGAGUUAUUGGGGUGGUAUUUGAAGGUCAAUGGGAAGAAGAAUCAUGGGUAUAUAGUUGGGGCAUUUGUCGAUCUACUUUGUGGGAUUGCAGCUGCUCCUUGUUCUGAUUCUACCUCUUCCUCUUCAUCUCCUCUAUGUUCAUUGAAAGGGCAUAAUGAGAUUGAUGAGGAAGAAGGGAUGGUAUAGUCUUAGCUUUCAUGAUUCCAGUUUUGCUUAUAUUAGUAGGAUUUAAGAAAAACAAAAUGAGAUUAGAGCUUCUUUUCGUGUACAUUAAUUACUAUGAUGAUUAUGAAAUCUCUCCCCUUCUUGAAAAUGGCAAGAAAUAUUAGAAUUAAUUUGAA